UUCGUUUCGAAUCGUUUUCAACAUUACAGCAAUGGCAACCGCACGAUUCUGCCCCCAGACCGGGCGGCCUCAUACCUCAAUCAAGCUGGUAAACCCAACCUGGAGGUACUGCCCUGAUUGUAAUAUUCCCCUCCCGAAUCUACCGACUAUUCUACCGGAAUGCAUCGAUUUGACAGCCUCACCGCCUCGUUCAGUAUUUCUCCAGUCCGGAACGGUCCCAAAAAGCCCCAAUUCAACUCAUAUGCAGCCCACUACAGGCCUGACAGCCCCUGGUACCAGUCUCCAUCAACCGACCCUAAGUAACUUCGCGCUCUCAUCGAAGUUAGCUAAAAGCUAUCGGGAUCAAAGCAUUACAGAGACAAAAGAGAAGAAACCGCAAAUAACCUGCUCGAUUGGAAUCAAACUGUACUUUGCAGAGUACUACGAGGAGGUUAUUUGCGGCGAACCCAGCCCGAUAUAUACAAUCCUCCACCAACACCGCAUCUCUGGCCCGAAACGACUUGUUAUCAAUGAGAAGUGGGAGGACCAUAGCGCUCUGAUUCAGUUCCUCUUCGAUACGCAUAAGAUUAGCGAAGGCCUUCGGCAGAAGCAGUGGAAAUUUAUCGCUCCACUACCAGCCUCAAACUGCUUGAAAGUAGUACACCUAGGCCUUGACGAGACAGCCUCAAUCUCUAUUGCGCAGAUCAGGGACUAUUCAGGCUCAGACCGGAAGGGAGAUGACAUAUUCUAUUUGAAUCUCCUCUACUCAACUAUUAUCCCAUCACCACAGAACCAGAAGCCAGGAGUCAAGAAGCAACGAGGUACAAAGAAGGCCAAACUAAAUACUAUUCCGGUCCAACCGGCCCCUUCUCUCUCUCCAGACCUCCCGGCCCUUUCAGACUACGACAUUCUGAAACUUGAUGAAGUCCCUUGGAUAGGCGAGGACUUAGCCCAAGUCAAGGCAGAGGAGGACGAAAAGGUAGAGGUCAAGCAGGAAUCAAGUCGGCCUGAAGGCCAACAGCUUGAAAGUAGCGAAAUGCUACCAAAAUAUGACACAGAACAAGAGGAAGACAAACACCUUCAGGAUAUAGAGCCUCAAGCUAAGCAAGUUGAAGGGAAGUGGGCACACCUUGGUCCGCCCCUGACCUUACGUAGCCGCGUAGGGAAGGGUAGGAAGAGGUCCGCAACGGCUAUUUCUGAGUCAGAUCAGUCGGGAAAUUAGCGAUGUUUCUAUUCACUCUCAAAGUCAAUAUCUUCUUCUUUAAUCAAGUCUAAACCGGCCUGUUCCAUAUCGAUCCAAGUAUCUUGUAGACUAAUAUGGUGGCGCUGCAUUAAGUCUUGUAAGUAGUCGAGAUUCCCUAUUGGCUGGGGGAGGAGAGAAAUCGCUGGAGAACGGUUUGUUCUGAUCCAAAC